GGUUCACGGUGGCGUCACCCCGGGGAUGCCCGGAGCGAAGCCCGGCAAGAAAACUCGGGGGAGGGUGAAGAUCAAGAUGGCCUUCAUCGACAACAAACUGAGGCGAUACACAACUUUUAGCAAGAGAAAGACUGGCAUCAUGAAGAAGGAAGCUGCAGCCAAUGAUAACAUCCGAAACCGGCAAAGCGCUGAUCCAGACCUGCCUCAACUCCCCAGACUCGCCGCCGCGCUCUGACCCGUCCUCUGACCAGAGGAUGAGCGCCACAGGCUUCGAGGAGACCGACCUCACUUACCAAGUGAACGAGGCUGAUGGAUGCCCUGACAUCGCCAAGGACCUCAACAAAGCUGCCUUCAGCACGUCCAAUAUGGCGUGCAGCACGACGUCGUCCUCUGCAACAAUGCAAGUGCAGACGAGCGCCGCCUCCUGGCAGCCAUCUUCCACCAACGGCGGGGUGUUGAAGACGUCGGCGGGCGUGGUCUUUCCCGCCGGUUUCACUUUGAUGUCAGGUGCGUCACUGACUCCUGGCACGCACACCAUCCCGCUCAGUCAGCUGCAGGGUCCUGUGGCCCCUGGCCCCGCCGUCACGCUACACGCCCCUCCCGCUCAGCAAACCACGCUGCUCCGCCUCCCCACGACUGUGUCACUGUCAGGGGGCGGAGUCUCCCAGCAGCUUCAGAACAUACAGGUCCAGUCCAGCAGUCAGCCGACCUCCACCAAUCAGAGCAGCUCUGAUAUCCAUAGCCCCGCCUCCUCCACAGCUACUGCCAUCUCCUCUUCGUCUUCAGUUGCCACUCACAUGAUGUACCCUGGGGGGCACACGGUCAUGUACGCCGCACCCACUUCCUCUCUAGGCGACGGCGGCCUCACCGUCCUCAACACCUUCUCCCAAGCAGGCCACGCCCAGUCACAUGACUCUGCGGCCGUCCCGCAGGUCUUCCUGGCGUCCCUCCCUCCGGUCACCGCCCAGAUCCCAGUCUCCGCCGUGCAACUGCACCCGAUGGUGAUCAGCCAGCAGAGCACCGGCGGCCCCGCCAGCAACCUGACGGAGCUUCAGGUGGUCAGCGUGGACGUGCAGCAAGCGAAAGAAGACUGACCACUUCCUGUUUACGUAUCAUGUCGGAAAAGAAAAGAUUUUUAUCAGGAAAAUUGUCUUUUCUUCAAAAAAAAAACAAAACAUUGUUUUUACUA